CGUUCAUUGAUUUUUCUCAAUUUGACAGUUCAGUCGAUGUUUUGAGCUAACACCCGCGUUCAACUCACAAAGUAAACAAAAAUAUGGCUUUAGAUUUCUCUGCAACGUAUAAAUUAUUAGUUUUGGGUGAUUCUAAUGUUGGGAAAACUUGUAUCGUGCAUAGAUACUGCGACGAAAGAUAUUAUGAUAUAUACAUAUCGACAAUAGGCAUCGACUUCAAGCAGAAGAUUAUAAAUUUGGACGGAGUCCCGAUCAAAUUGCAGAUAUGGGACACCGCGGGACAGGAAAGAUUUCGAACACUCACGACGGCUUACUACCGUGGUGCAAUGGGCAUCAUUCUGAUGUACGAUAUUACUAACUUGGAGUCCUUCAACCAUUUGUCUUAUUGGCUGCGGAAUAUACAAGAAUAUGCUUCUCCUGACGUGAUCAAGGUUUUAGUGGGUAACAAAUGCGAUGUCAAUGAAAACCAUAGAGCUGUUCCAAAGGAAAGAGGUCAAAAGAUAGCAGAUGACUUCGACAUGCCAUUUUUCGAAGUUUCUUGUAAGAAUAAUAUCAACAUCGAAGAAGCUUUCUUGACACUAGCGCGUAAAAUAAGAGAAUAUCGAGAAACUAAGGCUGAUGCAUUCGAGUUGAAAGAAAGAGACAACGUAAUUAAAGCGUCGGAGUCCGAGACGGACGUGUCUAAAUGCAGUUGUUAGUGUAAUUUUUGUAAAUUUAAUAUUUAUUAGAUUAGAUAUCCAUGCAAAUUACAACAGACAGGGUCCGAAGAUUGAACAAGAGAUUAUUUAGGAAUUUAAAUCCUUUCCUAUCCGUACAAUUAAUUGUGUUAAAGAAUAGAUAAUUUCAUUAAUUGUACUCGGUAGCUUUCCUACGUUUUCAUAGUUUUUAUUAAAGUUGUAUCUAUAGUACUACGCCACUUCGAAUUUCAUAAUUAGGUCCCAUAAAUAACCUUAAUAAGUUAAAAGAAAUUGUAACUCUAACGUAAAUUAAUAUGUUAGGUUUCUAGCAGUUCUUGUCUAUAGCUGAUACAUUUAUUUGUCAUACUCUUUUCAAUGAAGAUACGAGUAGGUAGAUUGCGUUUUAAACAUGAUUGGUAGAGGAGACCGGGGUUCGACGUUCCGAUUUUGGAGUCGGAGGCAAUAGAAAUGUUUAAAAUCAACGAUUCCUAUAUAAAAUGGUGCAUAAUGUAUCCUUGUUUCAAAUUGUAAACUUAAGUUCUUUGAAAUAAGCAUAUAUUAUUGCUCAGGAUAUUUUUUCUGUAAAAAGUCGACAAGGAACAAC